AUGACAGAGAGCGGAGCAACCAGAGAGACUCCAGCAUCCAGAGAGCCAAAGUCCGGGACAGGACAAGAAAUGGGUGAGCCACCUGCAUACUUUCCGGGAUCGAGGAUGCCGCCCUACCCCUGCCGGCAGCCAUGUGACAUCUUUCCCAGGCCGAGUCCUUUGUGGCCUGCUCUGAUGGAAGAGAUACGCACCACUGAGGUGCGCAAAAUGACUCAAACUAAAAUUUACUUUGAAGAAGUUGCAAAAGCCAUCCAUGAAAACCCUAGAGACUGUCAGCCCCGCCUGGAACGGAGGUCGGGCACUGUCAUUACUUUUGACAAGGACCGGGGUUUUGGAUUCAUAAAAGACCUCACUACUGGCCGGGACCUAUAUGUGAACAGAAGGUCCGUCAAGCGGAGUUACUUACCCGGGUACAUGCAUAACCUCCGGGAGGGGGAACAAGUGGAAUUCACCCUUGCUGAGGGCCUGAGGGUUUACCCUUCAGCUUCCACUACCACAACCUCAUCCCCGCCGGUGUGCGGCUCUCCAGUAUUAUCCAGCAGGAUAGUCGGGGGCACAGACGCUCUGGAUGGAAGAUGGCCCUGGCAGGUCAGCGUGCAGUAUUAUGGCGACAAUAUAUGUGGAGGGAGCCUGAUCUCCCGCCAGUGGGUGAUGUCCGCAGCACACUGCUUUCCAUAUUACACCAUUGAAGCGGCCUACACCUUGUACUUUGGGCUCUUCAGGUUAUCAGAGGCGUAUAACCACACUCAGAGCUCUUCUGUCUCUAACAUCUAUAUACACCCUAACUAUACGGGGACUGGAAGUCCAGGAGACAUCGCUCUGGUGAAGCUCUCCAGCCCGGUCAACUACACCAGUUACAUCAUGCCCAUCUGUCUGCCCACCGCCUCCGUCAUCUUCCCCGAAGGCUUGGAGUGCUGGGUAACCGGUUGGGGCUCAGGUGAGGAUGGACCCAUGAAUUGUUCUCGGUCUUACAUAAAAAUGAUUGUGUCCGGGCAGAACGUACGACUUGUAGAGCUGAGCCUUACAGCGACAUGUGACCAGCUCUACCAUAUGUUCUCCGACAUCAGCAGCAGCCAGACCAUCAUCCUAGAUGACAUGAUAUGUUCUGGUUACAUAGAUGGAGGCAAGGAUUCCUGCCAGGGAGACUCCGGGGGACCUCUGGUGUGUAAAGUAAACAGUGUCUGGUAUGAAGCGGGCAUCGUAAGUUGGGGAAUAGGAUGUGUUUUACCUUACCUCCCUGGGGUGUACACCUUAGUACCGGCCUAUGCAGCAUGGAUCCAGAGCUAUGUUCCCGAUGCGACCUUCAUUGACCUUGUAGACAUACCAGUGCCUACACCUGCGGAUUCUACACCAGAAGGAUUACAAAAGAAACUGAAAAAAAAACAUUUACUUGAACACAGUUUCUCCAAUAAAUUGCAAAUGUGGAAUAGAACAAAAAGUUUUUGUAAAGUGGACGAAGAAGAUUGA